AUGACCGAAUCCAACCCUUCAGCGCAGCAGCCCGCUGCCGGCACCGGCGCAACGUACAAGGCGCCCACACCAAAGCCGAAACAGAACCCAGCUCUUCGGAUGAUGGGUCUGCCAAAUCUCCCUCGAAAACUUCCCUCACGCAAUUGGCUUAUAUUUUGGGCUAUCACUGGUUCUAUUUCAGCUGCUAUCAUCUACGACAAGCGCGAGAAGAAGAGGGCUACCGCGAAGUGGAAGCACGCUGUCGCCCCUCUCGCAAAGGACAUAAUCCCCUCAGCCAGCCAACUGCCUCGCAAACUGACCAUUUACCUCGAGGCGCCUCCUGGCGAUGGUCUACGGAUUGCACAGGACCAUUUUAUAGAGUAUGCCAAGCCCGUCUUGGCUGCCUCUGGUCUUGACUGGGAGUUCGUCCAGGGAAGACAACAAGGUGAUGUGAGAGCUGCCGUAGCAGAGAAGAUUCGUAGGGAGAGAAGGAAGCAUGAAAGGCCAGAUGAAGAGGACCUGCAAACAGAUGAAGCUAUAACUGAGUCAUUGAGGAAGAAGAACCAGGUUCCUGAGUAUGAGGGUGUCAAAGGCGAUAUCAUCUUUGGCCGACAUACAUGGAAGGAAUAUAUCAGGGGACUACACGAGGGUUGGCUUGGUCCUCUUGACCCUCCCGUAAAGCCUGAGCCUAUUACCAAACCUGUCGAGGCGGCUUCUGAGACUCCCAAGGCCGAAGGUGAGCAACCUGAAGAGAAGAAGGAGGAGGCAGAGAAGAAGCCUGAGCGACCACCCCAGCCACUGCCAUACAACACCACCGCCGAUUAUUCCAUCGCCAAUAUCCCUCCUCAAAUUCCCGCCGAGUUUUCUCCUGCAAAUCCCAUCCCUCUUCCCCACCGCCUGGGCUUCCGUCACACUCUAGUCCGCCUGAACCGCUUCUUCAACCGCCGCAAACUAGCCGACGAGAUCGGCCGCGAAGUUGCUGCUGUAUGCUUCGCCAACUCUUCUCGUGAGUGGCGAGAGGCCGAUGGUCAGUAUGAGCAGGAGCUCGUCCUAAAGCAUGAGGAGAACGACUGGGUCAAGUCGGUUUGGAAGCCCGAGGAACCGCCCAAGCAAGAUGAUGACAACACCGCCACUGCGCCUACUGAGCCCCCUAAGGAGAAAAUUUGGCCUGCGCCUAUGGUCGUUGACCCUCGAUUGGCGCAGCGCAUGCGGCGCUUUGAGAUUGCCCCUGAAGAUGAAGCCCGCGCUGCACAGAUCAAAGUCUCUGAGGCCGAGAUUGAGGGAUGGAUAAAAGGAAGCUUCCGCAGCUUGUGGAACUAUACUGUCGAAUCAGUGACGGCCAAGCCCAUGAGACCGAACGUUGGUAAUAUGGACAGCGAUGAGUAG